AUGUAUUCAUCAUCUAACUCCGAGGUCACCGAGCCUACCUACACCCCUUCCCAAUUCUCCCAGCUCUUCAGCUGUCUCACCUCCACGAUGCCGUCCCCUAUAGAAACCCCUGGACCCCGGGGGACCAACGCCAUCAACAACAUCAGCGACACUAACAAGGACAAGGGUGCACCCAACCCCAGAGACGAAGCGACACAGUUGAGAGUUGGAGUUUCAGGUCGAGGAACACAUCCACUUCCGGUUGAGUUUCCGCCUUUAGCCGCAUUUGAACAUGCAGGAAUACUCUCUACGGCUCCUGAUGAGGUGUUGCCAGGUACCUUUAUGAUCACCGACGAACACCGCAGAGAUGAUGAUGAUGAUGAAGAUGAAGAAGGAGAAGAAGGAGAUGAGAUCCUCUUCAUGCGGCCGAGCCCUAACAGCAGCCACGCCUCCAGCUCGCGGGUUGGUACUAUGUCCCGAAGCAGAUAUAGUAUGUUAGGGACCACACAACGGGAUGGGAAAGAUGAGAGUGACAGUGACAGCGACAGUGAUGGUGGUGCUCCACUCUUUACGCCCUCUAGAGAUAAAACCCUCGGCAACAGCGGCCGUGAAGAAAACCGAGCCAAAAGAUUCGAUGGUUCAGAUCUCGGUUGUCCAGCACAACUGGAUGACAGACACCAACAAGAGUUCCAGCAUGGCCACUGGGCCAAUUCGAACACAAAAGCAGAUGCUCUGAACAUAUACCACCACCGACCCAAGACGCUGCUUGCCUCAUUUCGCCCUGGGAUUCCAUUAGCGCUAGGAAUUCGAACCGAACCUGAUCCUGAUGCCCAUCCCGCGUACUUUUCGACGCGCUUUAUAGUCCAACGCGCUGUGGCACGGUUGCAGGCACGACGACUCAACGGUCUCUCUUCUUUAGAUUAUCCGGAGCGGAUCGAAUCCUUGACAGAUGGCGAGCAGCAGACGAACGGCGUCGAGCAGCAUCAUAUCAACGGUAGAGGUACUUAUUACAACCCCCCUGCAAGCCCUCUUCCAACCCAAGCUUCCAAACCGCUCACCACAACUACCACUACUAGAAAACCCAACUACUCCAGACCGCCCACAGAAACUUCCACUACCGAAAAUCCCACCGCCUCCAUCCAACUAGGACCCUUCACCCUCUCCCCUUCCGACGUCGCCCUGCUCGCCUCGUCUGAAGCGUCCUUUGAACGUCUAACGACGCCCAAGUUCCAUCCUGCUUUUAGCGGUAGCAGCAGCAGCAGUAGUUACUCCCAUCGGGAAUCUCGCCUGGUUCAAGAUAGCGCGGAGGAAUGGACGGAUGUUUCACUUGAUGGUGGAGGUGGAGGUGGACUGUCGGAGGAGAAGAAGAAGAAGAUGAAGAAGGAGGAGGAGGAGGAGGAGGAGGAGGAAGAAGAGAAAGAGGGAGAAGAGGAGGGGGAAGAGGGAGGAGGGGAGGAGGAAGAGAAAGAGAAAGAGGAGAAAGCGAAAGACGGGGAGGAAGAGAAGGAGGGAGAUGAAGAAGAGUGGGAGGAGGAGGAGGAGGAGGGAGAAGAGGAAGAGGGAGAAGAGGAAGAGGGAGAAGAUGAAGAGGAAGAAGAUGGAGAAGAGUGGGAGUGGGUGGAUCAUCCAAUGGAUAAGUAUCGUGUAGGGUGUAUGCAUAAUUAUAUGGAGAGAGACAGGGGGUAUGUAAGGAAUGAGGGGUUUGGAAGGAGGGAGGAGGAGUAG